GUGAUCAGUGUUGCCCUGCUGGCCAAUCAACACAAGUCUUUACUCUGAAGAGAGGAGAAAGUGUCGGGCUGUUUGUCAUUCAACACGACGAUUUCAACAUGAUGACAUCUCCCAAGUUCGUUCUCUACCUGACAUGUUUCUUCUUGGGGAAAAUGGUUCAGAUGCAUCAUUUUAUCUUGUCUCAUCAAGAAAGUGGAUUUAUAUCAGCUGAUGUUGGAGACAACUUGACUUUGCAGUGUUUCUAUGAGGGGGAUGACAAUAACAUUUAUUGGUACAAACAAACACCAGGACAGAGACCUCGAAUUAUCUCAAUUACGCACAGAGCCACUAAAAAUCUUUCGUCAGUGAAUGAAUUCAAGGACAAUCAACGCUUCACUGUGGAAACUAAUGAUGUUGUGAGUCAACUAAAUAUCUCAGAUCUGCAGCUUUCAGACUCAGCUACUUACUACUGUAUAAAGAGUCAUUUAUAUGUGUUUGAGUUUAUGGAGGGCGUCACUGUCAGUGUGAAAGGUUCAGGGUCUAACAUCCAGGCUCUGGUGCAUCAGUCUGAGAGCAUCCAGCCAGGAGGCUCUGUGACUCUCAGCUGUACAGUUCACACUGGGACCUGUGAUGGAAAACACAAUGUUUACUGGUUCAAGAACUCUGAAGAACCUCAGCCAGGACUCAUUUACACCCACGGAGACAGGAACGAUCAGUGUGAGAGGAAACCCGACACACAGACACACACCUGUGUCUCCAACUUGUCAAUGGAGAGACUGAACCGUUCUCAUGCUGGGACCUACUACUGUGCUGUCGCUGCAUGUGGACACAUUGUGUUUGGAGACGGGACCAAGCUGGAGUUUGACGGUGAAGUGAACUGGCUGGUGUAUUUCCUAAGUGGAGCUUUGGGAUUCACCAUCAGCCUUUUGCUGGCUGUGUUACUGUACAAGAUAAACAAGAGAAGAUGCUGGAGAUGUUCAGAGUCUCGUACACAACCAUCAUCUCCCUCCACAACAAAUGCAGAGGGCAACCAACAUGCAGAUGACCUCCAUUACGCUGCGGUAAAUGUGAACGUGGCCAGCAGAUCAAGACGACAGAGGGACAACACAAAUGAUCAAUGUUUGUACUCAAGUGUUAAACUGUAGAAUUGUGUUUUUUAGAACGGUCUAUGUUUGAGAUGUGGGAUUUCUCAGUCUUUCUUUAGAGGUGGAGCAUGAUUCUUGUCUGUAAUGCUUUUUUAUUCGUAUUCCAAAUAUAAAUGUGGCUUUUUUUGUGAUUAAAGAUAAAAAACAACUCAUGAUGUAAUUACACUUUUAUGGUUAGACAAUGUGUGUGUGUGGGGGGCAUGUUUUGACAGUUGCUGUUGGUCUUUGAUGGAAUGACACUUUGACGAUGACAUAUGGAAAACGAUGAUUAAACUUCAUGUAAUGAAAGUUUGUGUCCCAGUCUGGGUGUGUGUGCAGCGGGUGACGGCUGCGUCUCUGAUCUGCUGUGUGUUCACAUAGGGAGUGUGUCUACUGAGGAGCUGCUACGUGAGGUUAUGACUUCUGUAUUUCCUUGAAUAAAAGAAGGUUUGUUCUCAA